GACAUCACCAAACGGAACUUGCUGAAUCCAAACAAUGGCCGACUGGAGCUAGCUAACGUUACCUUUAAAAAAACACGAACACUAGUUUCAACUGUAGAUAAACAGGUAUGCAUUAUUUUUAAGACAAUAUCAGUGUUAUGAGCAAAGGAUUUACUAGGUGUACUUUACGAGCAAGAAGCUAGCUGUUUGCGGCCUGCUUUGAGCGUCGCCAUGAGUGAUGUUGUCGAGAAGACUCUGUCUGCUCUCCCGAGCCUCCUUUCGCUAGACUCGCAGGCAGGAGCUGGGAAACUUUCCCCCUCCUCCAAAUUAGGGAAUCUGAUCAAAGGAAUCACUGAACUGACAUCCAAACAUGAGGAGGAAAAACUUAUUAAAAAGGAGCUGGCGUCUAUCAAGGAGCAGGUAGCAUCUCCCAACACCACCAUGCGUCAGAUGAAGGAAAUAAUGGUGAGAGCCAUCUACUGUGAGAUGCUGGGUUACCAGGCGUCCUUCAGUUACAUUCACGCCAUCAAGCUGGCCCAGCAGGGCAGUGUCCUGGAGAAGAGAGUGGGUUACCUUGCUGUAUCCUUGUUCCUUAAUGAAACUGAUGAGUUUCUGCUACUCCUGGUGAACACAGUCUUAAAGGAUUUGCAGAGUACCAACCUGAUCGAGGUGUGCAUGGCUCUAACUGUCGUCAGUCAGAUGUUUCCCAAAGAUAUGAUACCUGCCAUCCUGCCAGUGGUGGAGGAGAAACUCACACAUCCAAAGGAGAUCAUCCGGAGGAAAGCAGUCCUGGCUCUGUACAAGUUCUACCUGAUCGCACCUAACCAGGUGCAACACAUCCACAGCAAGUUUAGGAAGGCCCUGUGUGACAAAGACCCUGGAGUCAUGACAGCCUCUCUACACAUCUACCUACAGCUCAUCAAGGAGAACCCAGAGAGUUACAAGGAUUUGACCGGGAGCAUGGUAACCAUCCUGAGGCAGGUGGUAGGAGGUAAACUCCCCCUGGACUUCAACUACCACAGUGUUCCUGCUCCCUGGCUUCAAAUACAGCUGCUCAGAAUACUGGCCUACCUGGGGAAGGAAGACCAGGGCACUAGUGAGGUGAUGUAUGAUGUACUGGAGGAGUCGUUAAGAAGAGCAGAGAUGAAUCACAACAUUACUUACGCCAUUUUAUUUGAGUGUGUGAAGACCAUCUAUACAGUUCAUCCAAAGUCACAACUGUUGGAGAAAGCAGCGGAAUGCAUCGGGAACUUUGUCCUAUCGCCUAAGAUCAACCUCAAAUAUCUGGGUCUGAAGGCUCUGACGUACGUGGUGCAGCAGGAUGCUAACCUGGCCCUGCCUCACCAGAUGACCAUCAUAGAGUGUCUGGACCACUCUGAUGUCAUCAUUAAGCGCGAGACACUGGAGUUACUCUUCCGCAUCACCAAUGCCCAGAACGUUACAGUGAUCGUCGAGAAGAUGCUUGAGUUCCUCAGGCUGACCUGUGACGACUACAGCACUAUAGAUCUCGUUGGGAAAGUAGCAGAACUAGCUGAAAAGUAUGCCCCAGACAAUGUCUGGUUCAUCCAGACUAUGAACUCUGUGUUCUCUCUGGGGGGAGACGUGAUGCAGCCUGACAUCCCUAACAACUUCCUUAGACUACUGGCUGAAGGUGUUGAUAAUGUGGAGGACAGGCAGCUGAGGCUAUUUGCUGUGGACUCCUACAUGUCCUUACUCCAGGGGGAGACGGCCAAGCUGCCCCAACGCUUCCUACAGGUCAUCAGCUGGGUGCUGGGUGAGUAUUCCUACCUGAGAGAGGAGGACUCAGACCCAGGCAGCGUGAUGAGACUGCUGGCCAGACUACUGGACCAGAGACACACCUCCACUGAGACCAGGAGCUGGGUACUGGGGGCCAUGACCAAGCUGUGCUCCAGCCCAGUGUCUGUGGCCCUGGCCAGGGAUGUGUGUGAGAGGUACUCUGGGUCUCUGAAUACGGUGCUCCGGCAAAGGGCCCAGGAACUGAUGAUCCUUAGCCAGGAUACAAAGCUCCGAGCCAGGGUACUGCCAGCCGAGGGCAGGCAAGAAAGCCUGGAGGUAGACUCGUCCCUGUCCUUCCUGGAUGGCUAUGUGUCUGAGGCGUUGGCUGCUGGGGCAGCUCCUUACAAAUCUCCUCAUCAGAGGCAGGAGGACCUGGUCCAAGAGAAAGCUCUGAGCCUGGAGCCCUAUGGUCUGUCCCUGCCUGUCAGUCUGUCAUCCUGCAGCAUCACAGACAGACUGACAGAGAGACGGUCUCCUACUCUGCUCUCUAUGAGCUCAGGCCUGUCUGGAAUUAGCACUGAGCUAUCUCACCAAGAAGGAAGACCCAGGUUAGUAUCCCGAUGUUAUUUCAGCUCUCCCACUCUGAAGUUGGACGGGGUGAAGAGGGUGUGGGGGAAGGACGGGUACCUGGCCCAGCAGCAGAGUGCAGGAGAGACCCCAACCCCCCUAGUGGAGCUGCCCAGUCCCCUGCUGUCCCCUCAGAGCCCACCCUCCCAGACACAGAAACCCUCCUCUGGACCUGAGCCUGACCAGGAGAAACGGCAGCUGGCCUCGUCGCUCUUUGUUGGCCUGGGGUCCCACAACUCAGUGUGUCUGAUGGGCCAAGCCGAGCCAGUGCCCCGACACUUCAGAAGGAAACCCAGAGGGGAGUCAUCAUCAGGCGCCAGCGAAGGCUCCUCUGACUCCUCCCACUCGUCUCGCAGCGCUGCCGUUGACAACCUUCUGCUUAGCAACCUACUGGAGUCGACCACUGUGGCCUCAGAGGGGGGUGCUGCUACCACCACCACACCUCAACAGACCUCCCAGAGAACACUGGACCAUACCACUAGCAACGGUAGCCCCCAUGUAGAGGGGACGGAGCAGAGAGUAGAGGCAGGAGGACCUCUCUCUCUGAUCAGGGGAAAUGGCAUGGUGGCUGUUGUACCGCCCACAUACACACAGACAGACCCACAAACACAACAAGAUCUACACCAAGCUCCAGCCCUAGAGAGACCCAGGGACCUCCCUCUCACCUCCCACCUGCCAGCAGAGCUCUCUGGGCUGGCCCGCUCUGAGUUCACCCCCCUGUGCUCGGACCAGGACUCCAGCCUGGCUCUGUCAGCCUGUAGAGUGUAUAAAGAGGAUGCCUUAGUGUUGCUGAUUUUCAUUUCCAACAACACUGACUCAGCACUCCACCAGAUGGCACUGCAGCUCACCUGCAAAGAACUGGAGAUCUCCUGUAUCUCAGGUAGUCCGUUAAAGGAGGUUAAGGGUCACAGUGUGACGGUUUGUCUGCACACUGUUGUCAUGAAGAGAGCCUCAGUCCAGGUGGAGCUGGCUGGGUUACUGUCCUACCAGAGACCCCUGGGCCAGCCCCAGGCAGCACAGUUCUCACUGAGCCUCUCUCUGAAACACUUCCUCAGGCCGUUGACUGUGUCCACAGGGGAUUAUGGGAAAAUGUGGUUGUCUUUCUCUCAUGACUUGAAGCAGAACCUUCGACUGGUAACAACAGAACACCAAGAACCUCUGACGGCCACACUGGACGCGCUGAAGGGCAAACUACACCUCCACAUUGUCGACAUCAUAGGGUCGGAGGGCAUCGUGGCGUGCCGGCUGCUCCAGGGUCCAGGUCAGGGUCAGCCAUGUCUGCUUCACUGUCGUGUCCACGCUGACUCUCUGGCCGUGUGGCUGCGCUCCCCUGUCCCUGAUCUGCCAGACUCCCUCCUCUACCACUGUCAGAAAGCCCUGACGGAGACCUGAGCCGGGCCGUGUCUCAUUCCAGGAAGUUGUUCUGCUUCCUUCUGCUUUCGUUCACCUCACUGAUCAUUUUUUUUAAAGUUAUAUGGCAGCGACUAAGGAUGCGUUUAGACAGGCAGCCCAAUUCUGAUACAUUUUUUUCACUAAUUGGUCUAAUCCAAUCAGCUCUGAAGAUCUGAUGUGAUUGGUCAAAAGACCAAUUCGUGGAUAGAAAAAAAACAAGAGAAUUGGCCUGCCUGUCUAUUUGGUUUCCACCUGCCCAGUUGUUUGUCUCAUCGGUGAAGGAGAGUCAACAAGGACGAAGGGGAGGAAACCACUUUAUGGAAUGAAGUGCAGCCCUGCGCUCACAGGCCCCAAGCACCACCACUGAGGGGCCAACUGAAGUACAUAGAAUCUCCUCAUUGAAGCGAUCACACAGAGACAUAGAGUGGGAAGCAGCUGGCGUUAUGUGUCCUUGUCUUUGCAGUUCAGUGUUUGCUAUAUAUUUUUCUCAACAGUGAUUUCAUGUUUUCUUUUUUUAUGCUCAUGUAUUUAUUGCGUUUUUAACGGGAACAACUAAUUGUUCUUAUCGCUUCACAUAGCUGUUGGUGAAAACGUGAGCUGUGAGCCUCAGAAGGAACUAGUGGAAAGCGUGCUCUGUAUUAGACACCCUCUGGAAAUAAACAAACACUUAUUAAAUGAGGAGUUCAGUUGUCUCUCAGUUCUACAAGCUUUGACUUGACUUAAUAAUCCAAUCAGCCCAGGAAGUCUAGAAGUCAUGGGAUUCUUGGCCAUGUUUCCCAUUUGAUCUUUUACCUGAUUAUUGGUCUUAUUGGUCUCCUUGACUGUUUCCCUCUCUCCUCCUCUCUCUUCUUCCUCCUCUCUCCCUCUCUUCCUCCUCUCCCUAUUCCUCCUCUCUCCCUCUCUCUUGUAGCUUCCUCCUCUCUCCCUCUCUCUUGUAGCUAUCCUCCUCUCUCCCUCUCUCUUGUAGCUGCUGUCGAAUGGCUCACAAAAGCUUCAGUAGUUAAGUUAAUUACAUGAUCAAUAUUCAGAAAGGUAUUAUCAAGGCAGAAAUGUUUCAGUUUAACAGUACAUGUUAUACUGAACUGUCAUUGUCAUGCAUGUUACGUUCUCCAGACGCUGCAUCUAAUAAUGAUCUACUAACAGUAUGCAUUUGAUUGAUUUCCAAUUCACAGGCAAGAGCUGAAACCCAGGAGUCAUUGGUGAUUAUUUUUUUUAUAACAAUGCAGCAUUUCAAACAUAUUUAUUGGAUAUUCUUAUAGAAUAUAUUUGGUUAUCUUGUAAAAUACAAGAUAAAAGAGCUUUAAGUAAAAAAAAUGUUUUGCUUCAUGUGUUCCCCUCAGAUAUCAGUUAGUCUACCAUUAAUCUAUUCCACUACACACGUCCUCCUCAUGCUUGCUGUGCGCCAUAGCCAGGGGACGAAGUUCAUCUGUUACUUUUCAAUGAUAUUCAAUGUGUGUUCAGAUGCAAAUCAUUUUUUUGCCUUUUUCGUUUUGUAAAAGCUUGAGUGCUAAAAGUGGAUAUUUUUUUAAUGGAACUGAAGAAUUGUAUGUAAUUUGAACGCUAACACAAAGAUAACCAACCAAACACCUUAUGCUCUGAUGCCAAGGAGACAAGUUCAUUUGUGCCUGUAGUACAAAGAGACCAGUGUACUUUAGUGCCUGUCUGCAGUUCUGCUUACUUUAGUUAAUAAACCGGACAUUUAACCUUUUACUCGUCUGUUUAGGUAAUCAUUCAUUACCUUGAACAUGCAACACCAGUAACCAUGUGAAAAGAAGUUUAAGAUUCAAGACUUGAGGAUAACACUUGUAUUAAGAAUUGUUUGUAUCAUGUGCAUAACUACUGUAAACAUUUAAUCAAUAAAAUAAGAAUUGUGUAUAUUUUAAAACACUUUAUGACAUUGUUUUAAAAACUAGAAAUUGUAAAUGUACAAUAAAAUAAGCGUGCAUGCUU